CUCCGGCUCCUGGCGGACUCCACCCCACUUUCCAAACCAGGCCAGAGCCGAAAACCCCCGAUCAUGCCGCCGCCGGCCGAACCCUUCCCCUCCGUCACCGCCGGCUUGUCCGAGCAAGAGGCUGCCGAUGCCGACCCAGACUUCCUCUACUUCCUCCGCCACGUCCGCCUCGACGGCGACGCGUACACGGUCGUGAUCCCGCCCGAGGACGGCGCCGCUUCCCCUCCCUGGGUCAUCAGGUACGAGCAACCCGUCCCCGAUCACAAUGCCGGGACCCCCGUCGCGGGCUCUGAAUGCGGAGCGCAAAGGGGCCCUCCCUCGUCGGAGGACAGCCCUCGGGCCACGAGUGAGGCCCCGCGCGGCGAGAAGCGCAAGGCUCCAGACGCGAGCCCCGGCGGCGAGGUCAGCAGCGGUGCUGUCCCCAUGGAAGAGGACACGACGACGCCGGUGGCGGAAUCCGCGUGGUUUGACUCGCAACCCGACAUCGACGAAGACUACCGCUUCUUCCUCCGGCACGUUCGCGAGGUGGAAGGCAAAUUGGUGUUCAAGACGGGGAACUGUUCAAUAACUAUCGGGGAGGGGUAUGUAGACCAUAGCGAUGCUGAGGAUGACGACGACAGCGAGGAGGAGGUGGAGGAAGGGGAAGAGGAAGAGGAUGAUGAAGUGGGCAAUACUGCGUCUGGGCAGUCGGGGCAGGAGGGUAUUGGUACGGAGGAAGAGGAUGAUGAAGAGGAGGCCAUCCCUGCGUCAGUCACAGAGGUUGGGAACUCGGAUUUGCCGAUUCUGAAGGUGAAGGAGGAAGAGGUGAGCAAAGAGGAGGAUGAUGACGUGGGGCCUGUAUCAGAUAUACAGAUUGUUAACGAACCGGUGUAUUAUGAGACGAAGAAGGUGGAAGAAGGAGGAGAGAAGCCAUUGAAUGCUCUAGUCAGGGGAACAACAGAUUUGGAUCCUUUGGGCAAGAAGGAAGCAAGCUCAAGCAAGGCCAUGCCUCUCAAUGCUUCGGAAUUACAAGGCGUUAUAUGGCCCCCACAUAUCAAUGACAGGCCAAAUUCAAUGUUUAAAGAAAAGUUGAUUGAGUUUCUGAUCAAACCAUUUACACAGGAAGAAUAUGAUAAGUAUUUUGCCCUGGCUACUGAUCGCCGUCCACUUCUCAAAGAACGAAGAACCCGUAAUAAGGUUGCAUACUACCCCUGGACACAUGAGAUGAACAAGUCAUACUUUGAUAGGUACCCAGAUCUUGCUGAGCAAUUCAAUCUCCAACGCAAUAACUAUCCAAAUGGCUUGGCUCUUUUGCGUGGGCUUUUCUUCUGGUUGCAGAACAUUGGGCAAGAAGACCAAUUCAGGCCAUGGAGCGAUGAAUUUAAAAAGUACCGAGUUGUUCCUUUUGUGGAAUGAUGGGAGAGGGUUUCCAUUCAGUUCAGAAAGUCGUUUGGUAAGUUAGCGUGGUCACCUCUGUGCAACUUUGACCAGUGAUGCUCAGGGGCCUUCGGUGAUAUCUAUUAGCAGAAACUAUGGAAACUAUGGUAUUGUGUAACCCAGUUUGAGUGCCCUAGAAACAGAGGAAGGGGUGUCUAAACUAGAGCAAACCCUUAUUUUGCCCAGACUCUCGUUAUGCGGGGGUAUUAUCUGUGCAGGGGUGACAAAAUGCUGCCAACAGAAUCGGAUAUGACUUUGCAUCUGUAUAAUCUGAA